GUGACUGUUAUUUAUUUUAUUUUUCUUGUACAGAACGCGGCUAGCGAUGACAGAAUCAUGGCUGCUUGUGGCUAAGCUGGAACCUGGGAUAGGCUGCUGGUAGACAUUGCAGAGAGUGUGGAAGGACUGGGACGGUGGUGGCGGUGGCCAAGAAGACCUUACAUGAGUGCCCUCAGAGGUUAUGCCCCAUGGAGCCCAAUGAGAAGAUCCAGGAUGGUCUUCAUCCCUAUCUGGGGCUCUCCACCCGCCAGGCUCUGUCACAUUUGCAGGAACAACUGUCGUCUGCCCUGAACGAUCAUGAGCAGAAGAGGACGGUGUUGUGGAGGGACUGGAGACGGAGCUUCAUCUAUCACUCUAACCGCUCGUCUUGCUUUCAUUGGCCCGGGGCGGCGCUGAUGUUGAUUGCAACACUACUACUCCUAUGUUGUUAUGGCAGCCAGCCAGAUGGGAGUCAGGGGUCGGAGGUUGGCAAUGCCUGUGCCUUGCUGCUGCUGCUCCUUCUAGACCUGUUUUUAAUGAGACGCCAUGAGAGGCUGAAGGAACGAGAAGUGGAAGGAAGAUUGCGGAGAAUCAUUACCCAGAUUGAUGAUGUGCUGAGAAGUGGACAGGAGGUAUUAUGGGAAGACUCUGUGUAUCCCGACCUGUACAUGCCAUCAGCCCCAUCAUGGCCUCUUCACUGGGUUUAUAGAGAUGGACGGCUAGUGAACCUCCCAGUUAGCCUGCUGGUGGAUGGAGAUGUCAUUGCUCUGAGGCCAGGACAGGAAUCAUUUGCGUCUCUCCGAGGCAUGAAGGAUGAUGAACAUAUAGUCCUGGAACCAGGAGAUCUUUUUCCCCCCUUCUCUCCAUCACCGUCCCCUCAAGCUGACUGCAAAAGAGUACCACAGAACCCCCAGCAGCAUCAUCUGUUUCGUGUCUUAAAAACCCCCGUUAUGGAUAAUGUCAGGAGCUGGCUGGACCAGGCUCUCUCACGCCCUGUAACUGCUCUAGACCAUGAACGAUUCACUGUUCAGUCUGUGAUACUGAUCCACGCUGUCCCUGUCAUUAUGGUUGCUUUCCUCUUCACCAAUGCCCUGCGUUACAUCUUCCAUGCUCCUGGCAUACCCCCUGCUUCCUAUGCUUUGAUUCAACUUCAGGUGAAUGCUGUGCUGCCAGUUCUUCCGCUUCUCUUCCCUGUUAUGUGGAUUUUGGUGACGGCGCUAUGUGAAGCGCGCGUGCUAGCCCAAAUGAGCAGAAGGUACCCUACCUCCCUGAUAGCUAAGUUCUCGGAGGAUACCCUCAGUAGUUAUACAGAGGUUGUAUCAACACAGGAAAUGCUGCGUUCUGUGUGGUCUCACUUCCUGCGUGUCGUUAGGGGGAACUGCGAGACCCUGGCUUGUACUUCUAGUUUGUUGCACGGUCUGGGAUCUGUCACGGUUAUUUGUUGUGUGGAUAAGCAAGGAGUCCUUUCCUGGCCGAAUCCCAGCCCAGAGACUGUUCUAUUUUUUAGCGGAAGGGUAGAUCAGGCCACUGAACGACAUGACGAUCUCACUGAUCAAAUAUCCCUCCGUUCCUUCUGCCAGACGGAUGUGGAGGAUGAGCCUCAAGAGAUGGUAGCACUGUUGGCGGAGACCACUAACCUACAGCUGGUGAAUGAGCAGGAUAGCAUGGAUCGUCAGAAUGACGUCACUAGACCUUCUGAUACACAAAGGAAGCAUCCUAGUCGGACUAAACAUGCAUCCGGGUCAAAUGUCAGCUUCAGCCAAGACACUGCUGGCCAGUUGAGCAGCGAAGUGGACGAUUAUGUUUGCGACUGUCACUUAGAAAUGCUCCGGCUGUCCCAAGAUCAACAGAACCCUCAGAGCAUCCAGUUUGAUGAAUCCAACUGGCAGCUCCAUCUGAGCUCCUUAAAACCUCUAGGGCUUAAUGUGUUACUGAACCUCUGUAAUCCGGGAGUGACCACCACCCUUUGCCGCUUCUCUGAUCAUUUGCGCCAUAUUGCUCUUCAAGAAACCCACAGCUCUGUACUUCCUGGACACAUUCCUUGGGGACUUUGUGACUUUUCAAGGCUUAUAGGUUUCACCCCAGGAGCCAAGGACCUAUUCAAAUUGCAAAAUCAUGUUGCUCUCUAUCACUUUCCAAGCGAGGAGCCUGUGAAGGAGGCUUUGCUUUCUAAGCUUCCGGCUGGUGCCAAACGGACACCAGCCCUCAGUCAGAUGGUCUGCCUGUUUGUCAGAGAUGUUACUACCAACACAGAGCAGAUGCUGUCCCAUGGAACAGCUGACAUUAUCCUUGAGGCCUGUACAGAUUUCUGGGACGGAGCUGAUAUUUACCCCCUCUCUGGGUCUGACAGGAAGAAGGUGCUGGAUUUCUACCAGAGAGCCUGUUUGUCCGGCUACUGCUCUGCUUUUUCUUACAAACCAAUGCACUACUCGUUGUCGCCUCAGCUACAUGGCAAGUGCAUAGAGAUGCCUAAUGGUCUCGGGCAGAACACGCUUUCAGCCCCAUGUGAUGUUGGCGGGAGUACUCCUAUGAAGCACACUGGCCGACAUGACAGCUGGAGCUCAGAUGAAGGUAUUGGGGAGGUGACUGAAGAUUUUACUCAAGUGAUAAGUGGUCAGAUCUUCAUGGGGAUGGUCUCCUCACAGUAUCAGGCUCGUCUGGACAUUGUCCGUCUCAUUGAUGGCUUAGUGAACGCUUGCAUCCGCUUUGUGUACUUCUCCAUGGAGGAUGAGCUGAGAAGCAAGGUGUUUGCUGAGAAAAUGGGUCUUGAGACUGGAUGGAACUGCCACAUUUCUCUAACACCGAAUGGCGAUGGGCCAGGGUCUGAGGUUCCCCCAUCCAGCCCCAGUCAUGCUGGUUCUCUACGAGAUGAUCUCCACCAGGCCUCUCGGGAGGAUGCAGAAGGUCUCCUACUCAUGGAUGAGGAGGGGCACUCCGAUAUGAUUAGUUUCCAGCCUACUGACAGUGAUGUCCCCAGCUUCUUUGAAGAUUCCAACCGCGCAAAGCUUCCUCGUGGUAUCCAUCAAGUUAGACCCCAUCUGCAGAACAUUGACAAUGUUCCCCUGCUGGUCCCACUCUUUACUGACUGCACCCCAGAAACUAUGUGUGAAAUGAUCCAGAUAAUGCAGGAGUAUGGAGAAGUUACCUGCUGUAUGGGAAGCUCUGCAAGCAUCAGGAACAGUGGCUUGUUCUUACAGAGUGAUAUCAGUAUUUCUCUGGAUCCAUUGUUCCCUUCUCGCUGCACCUGGGAAAUGUUUGGCUACGUGAGCGGCCCUCUUAGGACAAAUGCAUCAGAGGGGGUCUCUCCUCUGCACCUCUCUGCAGCCCUUAAUGGCCUUCCUUGUUCUAUAUCCUUCAGGCAGGAGGAGAGCGUCAGCAUUAUCCGUCUCAUCGAGCAGGCUCGACAUGCAACGUACAGCAUUAGGAAAUGUUUUCUUUUCCUCUUGCAGUGUCAGCUCACACUUGUGAUUGUGCAGUUCUUGGCCUGUCUGAUCCAGCUACCUCCUUGCCUCAGUACUACAGAUAUUCUGUGGCUGUCCUGCUUCUGUUUUCCGUUACUUAGUGUCUCCCUGCUUGGAAAGCCAUCUGACAAUUCCAUAAUGACUGUAGCAACUGGAAAAAACCUCCAGUCUAUACCUAAAAAGACCCAGAAUUAUUUCCUGCUUUGUUUCCUGUUGAAGUUCCUCCCUUCUUCCAUCUGCUGUCUGGCCUGCUUCUGGUUCUCUCUGCAGACAUUCUGUGAGAUCUCCUCCCAUAGCAACAAAACAAACUGUUCUGGGAUUGCCGUGUACAGCGACUCUCCUGGGGCUCUUGAUUGGUUUGGCUCCUUCUCUGGGGCUCUUCUCCUAGAUCAGAAAUUUUGUGCUUGCCUCAUUGUUUUGCACACAGUUUUUAUCUCGGUCAGCCAUGUCCACCGAUCAAAGCCACUAUGGAAGAGGAAUCCCUUUAGUAAUGCGUGGUGGAGUUUGACUCUUCCAGUGCUGGUACUGGCACAAGGACUUCAGGCAGCCAUAGACCUGCAACUCUGGGCAAACCCUGAUGCAACUCUCACUUUCCACAUAUGGGACAUCCCACUGUUAUCCUGGUUGCUGGGACUGCUCUCUCUCUUUCUUGUCCUCAUCAUCAAUGAGAUUGUCAAAUUGCACGAGAUCAGGGUUCGUGUUCGUUAUCAGAAGCGACAGAAGCUUCAGUUUGAAACCAAACUGGGCAUGAACUCUCCAUUUUGACUGCAAAAUAUGUCUUGUGGGGGGUGUCUUUGCUCCCACACCAUCAGACAUGAGGGAGGAGGACAGAACCAGUAUAACUAUCUUCCCAUUUGGAGAGAUGCUGCUGAGUUUGCCGUUUUAUAUCUCAAAGCCGGCCAUGACUGCUGGCGCUUCCUCCACCUCCUGUGCCUCCCGUCUCCCUGCCUGUUUACAAACAAUUAGCAGUUGGAGAAGUUACCCCAUUACUUUUCUUUACCUGGGCUCCUCCCCAUUGCACUGACAAACUAAGGGAGGGAUAACCGGUUAUGAUUUCUGGAGGAAUGCCCCGUCCUGACACAUCAUGCAUGGUUAGCCCUGCUGGCGCAACGCUAGGGUCUUCUAUUGCCGUUCUUCAGGCCUCUGUGCCAUAUGCAUGACUUAACUAGAAUGGGAAUCUCUGAAGUCCUUCCUACGACCGGACUGCGUCUCACUUUGCAUCUAGGCACAGAAUGAAUGGGGAAUUUGUUUUUUUUUAAUUUUAUUUUACAUGAUGUAUAUUUUCUAUCCAGAGGGUGUGAUUUGUUACUGAAACAUGUACAUAAAACAAGGAAUCAAGUCUCUGGUGCCUGUAAAAACUACUGAGAAGAGGCUUGUUUCCCUAAAGGGGUAUUCAGGUAUCACAAAAUUGGGUAUAUUCAUUGUAUAAUAAAAAAUAUGCAAUUUUCUACUUGA